CUCUAGGCGGAAAUUUCAAGACAACCUCAAGAAAGUUUACCGGAGACCCGACCUCACCUCGUUACUAACACAUCCAGCCAUUCAAGAUGUCGACUUCUAAGGUCAAGACGGGUCAGCUCUGGAACAAGAGCAAGGAGGACUUAUUGAAGACUCUCGGAGAGCUCAAGACCGAGCUCGGCCAGCUCCGCAUCCAGCAGGUCGUUUCCAGCGGCAGCAAGCUGAACAAGAUCCACGAUCUCCGAAAGUCCAUCGCCCGUGUCCUCACAGUCGUGAACCUUAAGCAACGAUCACAGCUACGUUUGUUCUACAAGAACAAGAAGUACCUCCCUCUGGACCUCCGACCCAAGCAGACCCGUGCCAUCCGCCGCCGACUGUCGCCCGAAGAUAAGGCCAAGACCCUCGAGAAGACACGCAAGCGAGCCUCGCAUUUCCCCCAGCGAAAGUACGCUGUUAAGGCUACUUAGACGAAUUAGUUCGGUUGUAUGAAGAGGGGAACGCGGGCGCUUUUUGAGGUAGUAGACGGGCGUCGUGGUCAUUCCAAAAAAAAGGAAUACUGAUAUUUGCAUGGCAUCACACGGCUUUUUCGGUUCAUAGGUGUUUACGAGGUCACACUUUGCAGUCAAUGUCGCUGCCCAAUGCAAAAAGACUUGCCUUCGGGUGCUGAACAAGUUAUCACGACUUAUUGCGUAUAUGUGAUUUGCCAACGUCUUAAAUCUAAGCCACUACCUUCCAUAUUAAUCGAAAACCGAUAUUAGCUCCC